AGGUGCUCGGUCCUUCCAAGGAAGCUUAAGGCCGCGUUGGGGUGAGACCCUCACUUCAUCCGGCGACUAGCACCGCGCUCGGCAGACCCUGCCUAGCACUCACCCGCACCAUGGCCUCCGUCUCGGAGCUCGCCUGCAUCUACUCGGCCCUCAUCCUGCACGACGAUGAGGUGACGGUCACGGAGGAUAAGAUCAAUGCCCUCAUGAAAGCAGCCGGUGUAAAUGUUGAACCUUUCUGGCCAGGCUUGUUUGCAAAGGCUUUGGCCAAUGUCAACAUCGGGAGCCUCAUGUGCAAUGUGGGGGCAGGUGGACCUGCCCCAGCAGCUGGUACUACACCAGCAGGAGGUCCCGCCCCCUCCCCCACUGCUGCGCCAGCUGAGGAGAAGAAAGUGGAAGGCGAAGAAAGAAGAAUCUGA